AUGAGUCCGAUCGUCAUCACCCAGCUAGCCACAGGUCUCGGCGUCUUAGCCGGUGCGGUUUUAGUCAAAUCGGUAUUGGACCAAAAGCCUAUGGCCGGUCCGUUCCCUCGUUGUCCGACCUGUAACGGUACGGGACGAGUCACGUGUUUCUGCUCUCGGUGGUCCGAUGGAGAUGUCGGAUGUCGUAGAUGUUCCGGUUCGGGUCGUGCGGCUUGUAGCAAUUGUGGCGGUACUGGAACCGGUACACCUGUACCGGUUCAGAUAGCGGUUCGACCACAGAAUCGCCCUUUCUGA